UGUGUUCCUGCAGUUCGAGGCGACUGUGAGCCAGUGAUCAGUUCGCCUUGUUGUUGGUUGUGUACCCCUGUGAAUGUCUUGAGUGUUAAAUUUACCUGUUUCUGUCGGUUGCCGGCUUAAGUGACUCUUGUCAGUAAAAACCUUUGUGAGCUACAGAAUGUGAGAGGCACCCUUUAAGGGGGUCACAAGAAAACCUCUACUCAGACCUAUGUUGAGUUUGCCUGUGAGAAGGGAACUCUAUUUGAUAAAUGGUGCACAACAUGUAAGUCUCUGCUGUUUCGCAUCUCCCUUCUCCUCCUAGACCAUCAAAACCACGUGGGCUUAAAGAGGAACGGGAGUGCUAUUACUGUCACCAAGUUGGCCAUGUCAUUGCAAAUUGCUUGACACUAAAACGCAGAGAGCAGUCCUCACGCUCUGUUCAACCAAAAGGGGUAGGACUGAUUAAAGCAGAUCGUGGGGUGAACACUUACUUGUCUGACCAGAAAAUUGAUGACUGUUUUAAGCCAUUCAUGUUUGAUGCCUUUGUGUCACUGACUGGGGAGUCAGCUGAUAAACGCCCAAUAUGUGCUUUGAGAGAUACUGCAUGUUCGCAAUCUGUAAUCCUUUCUUCAGUUUUGCCUUUCUCUGAUAGCUCUGCCUGUCACUACAGUUCUGUUCUUAGGGAAGUUGAGAUGGGUUACGUGCCACGACCAGUGCACUGCGUCCAUAUUCAGUCCUCCCUGGCUACUGGUUUCUUCCCAGUAGCGGUUUGUACUGAACUGCCAAUCCCCGGUAUCAUGCUCCUGAUGGGGAACGAUAUUGCGGGAGGUGACACAGAAAGCGAGAAAGAGGUUGAGAGCUCCGUAUUACCAACCCAGGACGAGUCUGCUAAUCAAAGGCCCCCGGCUGGCCCGGAACUGCCGUCCGCUGGAGAAGCGGCAUUUCCAGUCAACCGAGCGCGCUUGAGCCAGAUGCAGAAAGCAGACCCGACCCUAAAAGGGUGCUUUUCCAAGGUGCUGAGUAAUGACAAAGCAAGGGGUGAGAAAGUAGCAUAUGUUAUGGAUGGUGAGAUGCUGUUACGUAAAUGGUCUUCCUUCGUAACUGGUGAUUCUGACUGUGACUCUGUUUAUCAGAUAGUUGUUCCUGCCGGAUGCCGCCAACAGGUGUUGUCAGUGGCACAUGAGAGUAAGUGGGCAGGACAUUUGGGCAUAACCAAAACAUACCAAGCCAUCCUCCGUCAUUUCUAUUGGCCAGGUCUAAAGUCUGAUGUUUCUAAACACUGCCGUGCAUGCCAUGUGUGUCAGGUUGUCGGGAAACCUAAUCAGACUGUCCCCCCCGCGCCUUUAAAUCCCAUUCCUGUGAUAGCAGCGCCCUUUGAGCGGGUGAUUAUUGACUGUGUUGGCCCUCCACCUCGAACUAAAAGUGGUAAUCAGUACUUAUUGACUAUUAUGUGCGCCGCCACUCGUUACCCAGAGGCUAUUCCGCUCCGGUCGAUAACCGCUACUGCCGUAGUAAAGGUUUUACUGAAGUUUUUCUCUACUUUUGGAUUGCCGCGUGUGAUCCAGACCGACCAGGGCUCUAAUUUUAAGUCUGGUCUCUUCAGACAGGUACUCAAGAGUUUGAGUGUGCAUCACAUUGUGUCCUCGGCGUAUCACCCCCAGUCGCAAGGAGCUUUAGAACGCUGGCAUCAGACACUAAAGUCGAUGCUCAGAAAAUACUGUGUGGAGACAGAGAAACAGUGGGACGAGGGAUUUCCCUUUGUCCUAUUUGCGGCUCGUGAUGCUGUGCAGGAGUCUAUUGGCUUUAGUCCUGCACAGCUUGUUUUUGGCCACACACCCCGUGGGCCGCUUAAGUCGCUGCAUGACCAGUUCCUGUCAUGUGAGUCUUUGCCCAAAAAGCAUGUGUUAGACUACGUUACCCAGUUCCAGGAGCGUCUGCAACGAGUCAACGCCCUCGCUAGAGCCACCCUCCGUGAGUCUCAAUCAGCUAUGAAGCGCUAUUAUGAUCGUGCUGCCACAUCCCGCAGGUUUGAGGUGGGAGAUAAAGUUUUGGUGCUACUGCCCACCACCAGCUCAGUCUUCACAGCUAAAUUCUCCGGUCCGUAUGUCAUUAAGGAGCGUCUUAGUGACACUGAUUAUGUGCUUUGUACCCCGGACAGAAGGCGCAAAACUAGAGUCUGUCACAUAAACCUGUUAAAAGGCUACCAGUCCUGCACGGGGGACCGAGGAGACUGGGACCAGAGAGCCAGGGAACACUGGGGCAGAGGAAGCGAGGAGGCGAGGGAGAACAGGGAGGACGCCGUGGGGGAAGUCCGAGGAGAAGAGGACCGGAGGACGAGGACAGACUAUGAUUCAGUGAAGGAGAGGCUUAGAGACGUUUUUGGGCCUCAAUACUCCCUGGCAUUCUUCCAGACACAUGUGGAUGCUCGCCCUCGUAAACCAGGUGAAAGUUUGGAUGUGUACAGUGCAGACAUCACUCGCCUUGUGCUGGAAGCUUUUCCCAACUAUGACCACAACGCUCUAGAAGGGGAGAAAUGUUGCUGUUUUGUCGCAGGCUUAGAUCUAACUUUACAGUCAAAAAUCCAUGAGAUGGGUGCAGAGGACCUUGGGGACGCCGUGCGCAUUGCCAGCCGCUCUCGAUGCAGUACACAUAGUGGCUCUCCUUCACCCUACCAUGUCAGACAACACCCCAGAGACUAUUACCCGCCUGAGCAGUAUUAUGGUCGUGAGACCGAGUCCCGCUACGAACGUUGUCCUCCUUCUCCUGUUCGUCAGAGAUACAAUGAGUGGAACAGCAAUGACAAACGUGAACGGCACCACUCUCCACCUCUAUCCUACCAGUAUCCUAGGUAUAGUCGCCAUGACGAUGAUGACACUAACCAACACAGACGCAGUCCUAGUCCAGCUCCACAGAGAAAGAGAGAUGCAAGUCAACACACUAGGGGCACUGUUCGUUUCCAGUCUCCUGAAAGACACGCACACUCUGGCAUCAACCGACAGUGA